AUGUCGGAACAAAUUGAUGUCCUCGUCUAUGGAUUGGGAGCAAUUGGCUCCUUCUAUGCCUUCAUCCUCAAUCGCUCCGACCGUGUACGACUUACGGUCGUGGCACGUUCAAACUACGAGGCCGUUAAAGCAAAUGGAAUUAUCAUCAACAGCGAGAACCACGGCCAACAUACUUUCCAUCCACACAGAGUGGUAAAAUCCGUCGCAGACGUUCCACCCGUGGACUACAUCGUGUGCGCUCACAAGGCAAUCGAUCAAGAUGAAGUAGUAGCUCAAUUACAGCCAGCCAUUGACAGCAGGACUACCAUUGUAGUCAUUCAAAAUGGCGUUGGCAACGAGGAACCUUUCCGAAAGCACUUUCCCAACAACACCAUUAUAACCUGUGUGACAUGGGUAGGAGCCACACAAACAAGCCCUGGAAUUGUUGUACAUGGCAAAUCCGAGGAUAUGCAGAUCGGACUCUUUCCCAAUCCCAAGCUCGAAAGCCAGGUCGAGCAACAACGACUGGAAACUUUUGCCGAUCUUCUUCGGAAUGGCAAGACUCGAUUCCAGGUUCUGAAGGAUAUGCAGAUCCAGCGAUGGGAGAAGGUCGUUUGGAAUGCAGCAUGGAACUCGUUGACUACGCUCACAAUGGUGGAUACACAAAGUUGGUUGAAGUCAUCGGAAGAUGCGGCGCCUUUUACACGCCAGUUGAUGCAGGAGGUUAUUCACAUCGCCCGUGCCUGUGGUGUACCACUGGAGGAUGGUCUGGUUGACCAGCUUAUGGACAAGAUUAAUACAUUGCCUGGGAUUGGAAGCAGUAUGCAGACGGACUGCAAGAGUGGACGGCUGAUGGAGAUCGAUGUUAUUUUGGGCUUCCCAGUGCGGAAAUCUCGCGAACUCGGGAUUAAGGCUCCCUUUUUGGAGACACUCUACGUUCUUCUUCGGGCGAUUGAUGGUCGACUCAGAGCCGCGCGGUAG